GUUUUUCUUUAAACUCAUGGGGAAGGAACUUGAAAGUAAAAUCUGUAUAUAUAUUGCUGGCACAGGAAACUACCUCCAUUCUGGGAUAGAAGAUGGAGCUGAAGAUAUUAUUUGUGCUGCUUUUCCUACAACCGACAUUGGGAGUUCUCCUGGAUGUCAGAGUUCCGCCAUUCCUUAGCGCAGAAUUGGGAUCUGAUGUCAGCCUUCCUUGUACCUUCACUGUGGAUCAAUCUCCUCUGAAUCUGAAUUAUCUUGCACUUUUUUGGAAAUUUGGUGACCAAGGUAUUCUCACAUUCGACAAUAGGAGGAAAAACUCCCAAGCAAGAGUGGUGUUCAAUGAACAGAAUGUCAGAGAAGGAAAUGCUACUCUGGUUCUUAAAAAUGUUAGUGCCGCAGACGAAGGAAGUUAUACGUGUACAGUUGUUUAUAGCCCAGAAUUCCAAAGAAAACAAACCCAGCUGACUGUUUAUGAUCCCAAUAAACCUAAAAAGGACGAUCUGCACCCAGUGACCAGCGAGGAACUGAACAAGAAACUGAACAAAGUUCUGGAUUGGUUCCUCACAUUAUCUGGGAAAUUGGAGGAGCUGGUCAGCGAGUCAAAGAAAUUUCCAUUGAAUAACCCUGAAAUUCCUAUUGCUUAGCACUUUCUCAUAUAUAUCUAUAUAUCAGUAUUUCAAUAUAUAAUGCAUUUUAUUAAAACCCAUCAACGCAUCGAAAGACCAUGGGAGUCAAAAUUAAACUUUCAUGAUUCAGAUAGAGCAAACAAUUUUAAAAAAAAAUCAGCAUCAUUUUAUAAUCUAAUUGUACUUAUUUCUCUUGGUAUACAGAGGUAGGGGCAUAUGUCAAGCACUGUAUGCUCUAAUGGAAAGGUGCUAAGGUUUAACAAAGGAUGGCAGGGAAUGCUCUGUGAAUCCAAAAAGUUUGAUUUUGACUUCAAUGUCACAUAUUUAUUCAUAUACCUCCCUGUCCUUAAAUGUAUCACUUUAUUUCACUCUACUGAUAUGUAUCACUUUAUUUCACUCUACUGAUAUGUAUCACUUUAUUUCACUCUACUAAUACGUAUCACUUUAUUUCACUCUACUAAUAUGUAUCACUUUAUUUCACUCCACUGAUAUGUAUCACUUUAUUUCACUCUACUUAUAUGUAUCACUUUAUUUCACUCUACUGAUAUGCAUCACUUUAUUUCACUCUACUGAUAUGUAUCAAUUUAUUUCACUCUACUAAUAUGUAUCACUUUAUUUCACUCUACUGAUAUGUAUCACUUUAUUUCACUCUACUGAUAUAUAUUACUUUAUUUCACUCUACUAAUAUGUAUAACUUUAUUUCACUUUACUGAUAUGUAUCACCUUAUUUCACUCCAGUGAUAUGUAUCACUUUAUUUCACUCUACUAAUAGGUAUAACAUUAUUUCACUCCACUGAUAUGUAUCACUUUAUUUCACUCUACUGAUAUGUAUCACUUUAUUUCACUCUACUGAUAUGUAUCACUUUAUUUCACUCUACUGAUAUGUAUCACUUUAUUUCACUCUACUGAUAUGUAUCACUUUAUUUCACUCUACUGAUAUGUAUCAAUUUAUUUCACUCUACUAAUAGGUAUAACUUUAUUUCACUCUACUGAUAUGUAUCACCUUAUUUCACUCUACUGAUAUGUAUCACUUUAUUUCACUCUACUGAUAUGUAUCACUUUAUUUCACUCUACUAAUAUGUAUCACCUUAUUUCACUCUACUGAUAUGUAUCACUUUAUUUCACUCUACUGAUAUGUAUCACUUUAUUUCACUCUACUAAUAUGUAUCACUUUAUUUCACUCUACUGAUAUGUAUAACUUUAUUUCACUCUACUGAUAUGUAUCACUUUAUUUCACUCUACUAAUAUGUAUCACUUUAUUUCACUCUACUGAUAUGUAUCAAUUUAUUUCACUCUACUGAUAUGUAUCACUUUAUUUCACUCUACUAAUAUGUAUCACUUUAU